GUGAAGAUAUGUACAAAGCCAGAGAAGAGGGGUCUGAAAUUUGGGGGGCAGCUGAAGUGCAGGAAGAUGAAGAUACUCGUGUAGAAGUUCCACUGGAUCAGAGACCAGCAGAAACUGUAGAUGAAGAAGAAAAUGCAGAAGAGGAAAAUGACAGAGGAGAGGAGGCAUAUAAAGGAGAGAAAGAAUAUCCAGAAUUAAAUGGAGAGGAAAGUGGGGAAUCUGUUAAAGAAAGAAGUGAAGUGGAAGAAAACAGGAAGAAAUUGAAUGAGAAUUAUGAAGAUGAAGCAGAAGAAACAGAGAAUGUUAACCAAACAGAGAAAGGGGAACUUACCUAUUUAAAUGGCAAGAAAAAUGAAGAAAAUGGUGAGGGAAUAGAGCACUUGAACUACCACGGUGAUCUUCAGCCUGAAGAAGAAAUAAAAGAGGACUCUGACAGUCAGAACCAGGUUGAUUCCCGUUUUGAAAAAAACUCCACAAAUCCAAGGGUGACAAUCACCAGCCCACAGGAAAGUGAAAAAAAUGACCAGAGCAAUGACUAUGCUGCAGUUGCGUAA